GUGAGUGUUUAUGCGCGGUUGUAAUAUUGUUGGAUAAACCUAUUACUUUGUUGUUCUACGCUCAACAGAAAGUAAUCCCCCAAGUCAAAAUCAUCCCAACCAGCCUCUCUCCCUCCCCCUCUCUCUCUGCCCCAUUAAUGGCCGCGCUUUUUCUCAAUUGUGAAAAUCCCAAAAUCACGAUCAAGCAAUCCCCAUCUACUAAUACUACUUCCUGUUGCCGAGCAAAAAAAAAAAAAAACUACUUACUGUUUCCAGCCGUGGGUAUGUAUACCUGCACAUAUAUUUAGAUCCAAUUACGUCUUUUUUGGUUACUGGGGGUGUUUCCCAAUUCCCUAUCUAAUUCUUCACCAUUUCAGGUCCACCUAGGGUUUCGCUUUUGGGUAGGGAUUGAAAUGGAGCGAAAAUAUGAUUAGGGGUUUAGUUUUCUUUUCUUUUUUUUUUCGUGGCGAAGGACUUAUCAAAGUGGUUGUGAGCGAAAGCUAUGAGUUUCAGUUGCUUUGGCGCAUUCAGUUUGUGUAAACAGAAGACUGAGACGCAAACACAAGAGAUUGCCACCAGCAAUGUGAGGCUUUUUUCCUAUAAUUCACUGAGAUCUGCGACAAGGGACUUCCAUCCAUCAAACAGAAUAGGUGGAGGUGGUUUUGGAGUUGUCUAUAGGGGAGUUUUAAGGGAUGGCACUCAUGCAGCCAUCAAGUGUCUUUCCACUGAAUCGAAGCAAGGGACCACUGAAUUUUUGACUGAGGUUAAUAUGAUUUCAACCAUCCGACAUCCUAACCUUGUUGAACUGAUUGGCUGUUGUGUGGAAGGAAGUCAUCGGAUAUUGGUCUACGAAUAUCUUGAGAACAACAGCCUUGCAAAUGCACUACUUGGUUCAAAAGGUAAAUGUGUUGCUCUCGAUUGGCCUAUCAGGGCUGCUAUUUGUUUGGGUACAGCUUCUGGUAUUGCAUUUCUUCAUGAAGAGGCUGAACCACACAUUGUCCACCGCGAUGUAAAGGCCAGCAAUAUACUCCUAGAUGGAAGCUUCCUUCCAAAAAUAGGAGAUUUUGGACUGGCAAAGCUUUUUCCCGACAACGUCACUCAUAUUAGUACUCGAGUGGCAGGAACAGUGGGAUACCUAGCUCCCGAGUAUGCCUUGUUAGGACAGCUUACGAAAAAAGCAGAUGUAUACAGUUUUGGGGUACUCGUACUUGAAGUAAUAAGUGGCAGAAGUAGUAGUAAGGCAGCAUUCGGGGAGGAUCUGUUGGUUCUGGUUGAAUGGACAUGGAAGUUGAGAGAAGAAGGGAGGCUUCUAGACAUUGUUGAUCCUGAACUGGGUGAAUACCCAGAAAAGGAGGUAAUGAGGUUCAUCAAAGUUGCGCUUUUCUGCACCCAAGCUGCUUCCCACCAAAGACCAGACAUGAAGCAAGUGGUGGUGAUGCUUUCGAAAGAGGUCAACCUAAAUGAGAAGUUACUGACUGAGCCAGGGGUGUAUAGGUCACGUACUUCUCGGACCCUAGUUGGUGGUAGUUCGGUGGAGUCCUCAUCUUCCGGAAACAAAGGCAAGCAAUUGGUAAAUCCUUCUGUAACUUCAAUUCAUUCGGAAAUAUAUGAUCAAAGUGAGACACAGAUGCUUCCUAGGUGAGAAUUUGCCAAACUUUCAACUUGUGACAAUGUUUCAAUUAUCGGCAGAUACCUGUGCAUCGGAUUAUAGACAUCCGGUUCAGAGUUUUGCUUAUGUCGCGGUAUUAUCAAUGCCGCUAUGUAACCUAAUAUUUAAAAGAUUGCUUGUGAUCAUUUAAUUACAUUGAUCGACGCCUGGAAAAUGACAUGCACUUUUGAAGCUGCUUGUAUUCUUUCCACCAUCAUCUGUAAAUUUUUGGUAGGCUCAACGUGGCUGCACAGUUGUAUUUGAAUUUUUGUAACUAAAUAAAAGUGGUGAAAACGGCUGCCCGCAUCUCAUGUAUGUGUGCUGUAAUUUUUUUUUUC